AUGCAGGGCAAUUUGGCCAAUACGCAUCUUCCAGCAUUCGUUUCGCACAGGAACGGAGAGAAACAGCAAGCAGCUUUCAAGCCCUUCAGACGACUAUUGGGACCUAAUGCAGUUAUCUGCAGAGCAAAACAGAAUGCUGACGCAGACUUGCAGCUCGUGAAAAGAGAAGAGACCAGCGACGGAGCCAUUCUCUUCGUCUUUGGAGAUGAGGCGGCGGUAGCAGCCAACAAAUCAGCAGAGGCCGCACAGGCCCCCGCUCCUGAGCCAGAGGCAGCAUAUGAGGAGGCGCGCAUUGAGAAAGUCCAUGAAGGAGCUGCUGCAGCAGGGGAUGAGUCAGCGACGCUCUCGAAUGGCGCUUUGAUACCGGACUUCAGCGAGGACCCAGAAGAUCCGGAUGAGCUGCUGAGUGACGAAGACGCACCUGAUCUUCAGGAUGAGAUUGCCAAAACGUUGACUUCGUUGCGGGUGGCUGACCUGAAGGAGAUGUGCAAGGAGAGGAAAAUCACAGGGUACUCGAAGAUGCGCAAGAGCCAGCUAGUCAGCGAGAAAACGCACAAGGCACCAAACGCGAAUGGCAUAGAAAAGAAGAAGAAAAAGAAGCACACGUUGAAAAAAAUUUACACAGCAGAUGAGGAUGACAAAGCGUUAGUGGCUCAGCCUGCAAAUGUUGGUGCCAAUGAUAGCGUGAGGGAAGAAGCAGUCGAAGUUCUUCCUGGAGAAGCACGGUCGAUCUUCCUCGAAGACAAGCUACCGUAUGAGCCAGGCGCCGGCUUUGUCCUCAGCCAAGAGUCCCCCAGCCUUCCCUGCAAUGGGCUGGAUUCAAGCAAUCACGAAUUGUGGUUGCUCCAGCUCCCUCUAGAUUGGCAAUUCAAGGCGCCGGCCAAGAUCACGGUGAAGAGGAGAAAAGGAGACAGCGUGUUGGGCGAGUGCACCAGUGACAGAGGGGACGGAUACUCCCUUGUUCAGGAGCAUGCCAGCCUAGCAGCUCCCCUUUAUGUGGCAUCCGCCACGCUGAAGGAUGGCGUGCCAGCACAGAUACAUCGGCGCGUGACCCUUGUGCGCUCAGGGGCUUUGGCAGGGGAGGAAGAAGAGGGUUUGCCCAGUGCACAGCAGCCAGGCGUUGGGCCCUCCAGCAAUGGCAGUGGGGACACACCAAAAAGAAAGAAGGCAAAAGCAGCGCAGCAGGAUGUGCAGCAACCAGGCACAAAGGAGCUGCGCAUGGAGGACAUUGUGGUAAAGCAGGAGUCGCCCGAUGGGAAGCAGCAGAAGGAGAAGAAAAAGAAGAAGAAGAAAAAGAAAGACAAUGAUGCUUCAGCUGGGGCUGGCAAUGUGGCAAGCCAAUGA